AUGCCAAGGAAGCCCUCACCCCACUUGGACUUGGGUUUGGGAGGAGUCCCUUGGGUAGGGAGGAGCCCAUUGGGUAGGGAGGAGCCCAUUGGGUAGGGAGGAACAUCAUGGGCACACAGAGGUGAGAUAGGAACUAAGAUAGAGAUAAUAAUGACCAUGUCAUACACUGAGUACUCCCAUAUGUCAUCUAUUGCUUUAGACUCUCUCAAUGUAUUGAUUUGGUUCUCACAUGCUUUUAGCUCCAUUUUCCUGAUGAGGGAACAGGCAGGGAUUAAGUGGCUUGCUCACAUCACCCAGCUACUGUGUGGCUGGAUGAACUCAGGAUUCGAACUCAGGAAGCUGAGCUUCAGUAUUUGUGGUACUUUGGGGCCAUGGUAGUUGUUCGCAAAAAAGCAUAGCGCCUUUGCAAAAGGUUUCAAGCACAAAAUUUAAAAUCAUUUCAAAGUUCGAAGACUGCAUGUUGGCUUGAGGAUUCCUAGAGGGAUCCAGAAAUUGGUGGCCUCACACUCGCUCUUAUCUGAGCCCCCAGUCCGGCAGGAUCCCCAUCCCUGCCCCUCUGCUUCCCUCCGGUCUCCCUGCUGAUUCACUCCCGCCUCUGACCACCACAUCCCAACCAUGGCCUUGGUCCUGCCGCUGCUGCCUUUGUUGCUCUCAAAGGUCCAGGGGAAUCCCGAGGUUUCUUUGGAGGGCAGCCCUGGGGACCGGGUGAAUCUCUCCUGCAUAGGGGUCUCCGACCCCACCCGCUGGGCUUGGGCGCCUAGUUUCCCAGCAUGCAAGGGCUUGUCUAAAGGGCGCCGUCCGAUCUUGUGGGCCUCGACGAGAGGGACCCCAACUGUGCUCCAGCAUUUCUCUGGCCGCCUGCGUUCCCUGGACAAUGGUAUCAAGCGGCUAGAGCUGCUGCUGAGCGCCGGGGAUUCUGGAACCUUUUUCUGCAAAGGACGCCACGAGAAUGAGAGUCGCACAGUGCUUCAAGUGUUAGGGGACAAGGCAGGUUGCCGGCCUGCAGGAUCUACCCACGGGUACGAGUAUCCCAAGGUCCUGAUUCCGCUCCUGGGCGUUGGGCUUGUGCUGGGACUGGGAGUCGCGGGCGUGGUCUGGCGGCGGCGCAGACUCUCGCCUCCGCCCCCACCCCCGCCCCCGCCUGGACCACUACCCACAUUUGGUGAGAUUAACUGCACUCAAUUUCCCUAUCCUACCCGCACAAUCCCUAACCCUGAGUUCUUGAGUCUGAGUCCUUGCGAGGAGCAGACAAAGUUGGUCAUUUUCUCUUCACCCUUCAGUUCUGUCCCUCCCUCCCACAUAGCUCCAGUCAUAAAUGCUGAGCCACAGAGGCCUUUAGAACAGGAGUCCAAGAUCUCAGGCCACCUGGACCAGGAGCCGAGCCUGCACUACGCUGAUCUGGACCACUCUGUCCUCGGGAGGCACCGCCGGAUGUCCACAGUGGUUUCUGGUGAUGCCUCCACUGUCUAUGCGGUUGUAGUAUAAAGGGAAGCCCUUGUUCUGCCAACCCUUUCUAUCUGGGGCUCCCCUGUAUAACCUCAGCUAGAAGGGGCAGGCACCAUGGACAGAGGCACUGAUAGAGGCGACUGACUACCUGGUUUGCGUUCUGCCAAUGGUCAACUUUUUUUCUGUCACUUCCAUCUUCUGUAACAUCUUUCCUUCUCCACUGCUGCCCUCUCUAAAGAUGAUCAAGCUGCCUGUUAAGCUUUUUCUUCGCGCCCCCCCCCAAGACUGGGAUUUCUCUGUAUAGCCUUGGCUGUCUUGGAACUCCGUAGACCAUAGACCAAGCUGGCCUUGAACUCAGAGAAUUCAUCUGCUUCUGCCUCCCAACUUCUGAGUUUAAAGGCACUGCCUGGCCCAAUGAAGCAUUUCAAACUUUAGACAUAGACCUGCCUCGUUACCGGUCUGACUGCACUCCCCCUGCUCAUUGGCUGCUGCUGCUGCUCAUCCACUGAAAGGUUGCCAGUGAUGUCCUACCACCAGAUAACAUUCACCCCUGUUUAAACCAGGGUUUACUUUGUUGCUAUUGUCUUUGUAGUAGCACUGUUCUGCUCAUCUCUUUGUUUCUCCUCCGUACUCUUCUAGGAAGCUGGCCAAUCAAUCUUCAGCCCCCAAAUGAUACACAGUAGUCCUUCCAAGCCAGAUCUCAGACCUAGUUCACUCUGUCCAGAUGGCCUCAGGCAUUUUGCCCAAGGCUUGUCAAACCUGACUCAGUCAUUUCUUAAGCCAUCCCCUGGGUCCUCCUCUGAAAGCUCUUGAAGAACCCAAGUUGUCCAAGCCAGAAACUGGGGUCAGAGUACACCAUCUCCUCUCCCACACAAGGACUUAUCAGGACCCUAACCCGCCGCUUCCACUCCUUUUAAAGACAGGCUCUCUUAUGGCUGAGGCUGACUUUGAAAUCUCCCUCUCCUUAUGUCUACCUUCAGUGUUUGGAUAAAAGUGAUUGCAAGCAUGCACCACCAACCACACAAGGCCUUGUCUGUAGCAGGUCACUGUCCUCUGUACCUUUCUCCAUGUCCAAUGCUGCCACCAGAAUGUACUGUCAUCAUUUGCUUCAUGAUGACCCACAGACCCCUCUGAUCCUCGUGCCCUGCUCUUCCUACUCAAAGCCAGCAAGAUUCCCAGGAUCAACCACUGGUUCUUUCCCAAGGUUUCAGCUCUGGGGCUGUGAGCGUGGGCUCUGUGUUCAGGCUCCAGCACUGGGCCCCUUUUUAGGCCUAUCCAUCAUUUUCUGUGUGCACACGCCCUCAGAGAGUUUCUCCACAAUGUUCUCCCUACAAUACUCGUUGGCUCUUUGAAAUAAAUUCUGUUUUCUGGA